GCGUUCUAGGCGCGGAGCUGGGCGGCGGGCAGCGGGCCGCGGGGGGCGCGGGCCGGGCCGGGGCCACAGCCGAGCCGGAGCCGAGCCCGGGGAGCCGCGGCCGGGCGGGGAGCAGGCAUGGCGCCGCGCGGGGCCGCGGCCCGCGCCGGUGCGGGCGGCCUGGGCGCCGAGUAGCCGGGCCGGGCCGGAGCCCGGGCUGCGGCGGCGGCGGCGGCGGCGGAGGCAGCUGUGCCCCCGCCCUCGCAGGCCCCGCGCCCCGCGCCCGGGCCGCCGGCGAUGGUGACACAUGCGGCGGCGGCGCGCCGGCGGCAGGACCAUGGUUGAGCGCGCCAGCAAGUUCGUGCUGGUGGUGGCGGGCUCGGCGUGCUUCAUGCUCAUCCUGUACCAGUACGCGGGCCCGGGGCUGAGCCUGGGAGCGCCCGGCGGCCGCGCGCCGCCCGACGACCUGGACCUCUUCCCCACGCCAGACCCGCACUACGAGAAGAAGUACUACUUCCCGGUGCGCGAACUGGAGCGCUCGCUGCGCUUCGACAUGAAGGGCGACGACGUGAUCGUCUUCCUGCACAUCCAGAAGACUGGUGGCACCACCUUCGGCCGCCACCUCGUGCAGAACGUACGCCUCGAGGUGCCCUGCGACUGCCGGCCCGGCCAGAAGAAGUGCACCUGCUACCGGCCCAACCGCCGAGAGACCUGGCUCUUCUCCCGCUUUUCCACGGGCUGGAGCUGCGGGCUGCACGCCGACUGGACCGAGCUCACCAACUGCGUGCCCGGCGUGCUGGACCGCCGCGACCCCGCCACGCUGCGGACGCCCAGGAAGUUCUACUACAUCACCCUGCUGCGGGACCCCGUGUCCCGCUACCUGAGCGAGUGGCGGCACGUGCAGCGGGGGGCCACAUGGAAGACAUCGCUGCACAUGUGCGACGGGCGCACGCCCACGCCGGAGGAGCUGCCGCCCUGCUACGAGGGCACGGACUGGUCGGGCUGCACGCUGCAGGAGUUCAUGGACUGCCCCUACAACCUGGCCAGCAACCGCCAGGUGCGCAUGCUGGCCGACCUGAGCCUGGUGGGCUGCUACAACCUGUCGUUCAUCCCCGAGGGCAAGCGGGCCCAGCUGCUGCUGGAGAGCGCCAAGAAGAACCUGCGGGGCAUGGCCUUCUUCGGCCUGACCGAGUUCCAGCGCAAGACGCAGUACCUGUUCGAGCGGACGUUCAACCUCAAGUUCAUCCGGCCCUUCAUGCAGUACAACAGCACGCGGGCGGGCGGCGUGGAGGUGGAGGCGGACACCAUCCGGCGCAUCGAGGAGCUCAACGACCUGGACAUGCAGCUGUACGACUACGCCAAGGACCUCUUCCAGCAGCGCUACCAGUACAGGCGGCAGCUGGAGCGCAGGGAGCAGCGCCUCCGGGGCCGGGAGGAGCGCCUGCUGCACCGCGCCAAGGAGGCGCCGCCGCGGGACGACGCCGACGAGCCGGGCCGCGUGCCCACCGAGGACUACAUGAGCCACAUCAUCGAGAAGUGGUAGUGGGGGGCCGGGGAGAUGGGACGGACCGACGGAGGGACGGCGCCCCAAAUGCACGGCCCACAAGGGGCUGUGCCUGAACAGAGAGGGCGUGGGGCCGUGGUGGCUGGUGGGCUUGGUGCUUGCCCCUGCCAGCCCAGGGCUCUGAGACGCCAACCCACGCGGCCCCCCGGCCAGAGGAGAGGUACUUGAAGAACGCCCCACCAGGCCUGCACGCAGCCCCCUCCUCACUGGCACAGCAGCCGAAGGUUUGACAAGAAAAAGUGGCAUCGGCGGAGUGGGCCUGCCAGGCCAGGAUCCCCCAUGCCCACUGUGCACACCCCCUUCUCCCAGCCCCACCCCUGCCCGGGCCAGCAGGGUUCCAAGACCAGCUCCAAGCACCUUCCCUGGGAACACAGGCAGCCCUUUGAGGUGUCGUCAGGAAUGGAACCCCCGGGUUGCCCAUCCCAAGGUCAGGGCCCACCCUUCCAGGCCCAGGGAAUCCCACCCUGCUCUCUGGCUCAAGGUCAGCACCCACAGUCUGACUUCACGCUUUGGGUCAGGAAAUCGAGGCCCAUCUCCUGGGAGCUCAGCACCCUCUGCCCCAUCAGACUGCAGAGGGCUGGGGGAGACGGGCCCUCACGCACUGCCCCCGUCCACAGGCAGACUGCGUCCCGAGAGUGGGGAGACUGGCCAGGAGUACUGCCACCCGGCCUUGGGGAGGACCGCCCCGCCAGACCAGCUCAGGCGGGUGGGGGGCUGGGAACCCGGAGCCCCCACCUGUUCUCCUUUCUGACCCUCUGAGAUGUGUUAGCAGGCUGUCCACGGCCCCAGGCUCCUCGCUCGGUCGUUAUUCAGGGCACACACCCCACUGUUCCCAUGACCCCGUACAUAGAGGUACAGCCCCUUCCGUUGGCUGGGACACAGCAGACCCAGCUGCUGCCCGUGAGCCGUGACUUGGGGCCACGGUGGCUCUGGAUGGCCUGGAAGGGGACUCGGGCCUUCAAGUUCUCAACUACAUUUGGGGAGAAACUGCCCUGGGUGGCUGUAUGGUACCCAGAUACACAGCCCUCCCCUCCCUGGGACCCCUGCAUUCCCCUGCACCCCACCCCCACCCCCAGAUGGUCAGGCCCUGUUCUCGGCAGAUUGGAGAAGCCUUGUUCCCUAUCCGGUACCCCAUGCCCUACCCUCCUGGGCUAGAGGCCCUCCAGGCAGGCCUUCCCCGGUGAGGCUGAAGACCUUUCUGGGGAGCUGAGUGGGAGCCCCACAGCCAAGGUGGAUGGGCACCCCGCCUCCCCAGGAGGAAGCACGCAUGCUGGGGGCUGCGGGCCUGACUCACAGGGCGCAGUGAGGGCGAUCCUACCAGGGCCCUCCCUUCCCUGCCCCAGGCUCCACUCGGCCUUCCCGGCUGUGCCCCCGUGGAGUCGGGGAGGCUGGGAGGAAGCAAGGGAGCUUCCACAGCACAGGGCAGGCUAAGGGGUGGGAUGAGGUGGCCGCCCGGGAGGCACCAGCUGCAGUCGUUGGCCAUCUGGCACAAGGGCCCUCCGGCUUCUUCGACCAGCCGCUUCGUCUUGCAGUCCUGGGCAGGGGGACCAGCAAGCCAGGGUGGGCACUGUACCAGCCCGGUGCAUGACCACCCACAGGGUGCUUGCGGCAUGCUGAGGUGCGUGCCAGGUGAGCGGCUCUGAGGGGUGGGAAGGUCAGCGUGGGGACUCUGAGGCUCAUCGCUGGGGUGGGUGUGCUCCAGGGAGGAGGUGGGGGCUGGCCGAGUCCAGGCCCCGAGAGGAAAGCUCAGCCUGUUCUGCCCGAGCCCCUGGGCACCCAUCCUGUGGCCUGGCUGAAGACAGCUCGAGAUGGCUUCCUGUGUGGGCAGCCCUGAGCGUGGGACCUGGGCUGUACAUAUGGAGUGUUGUCCCUUACGGCCCGUUGUCCCAGUUCACACGGGCACACGGGGCUCCUCGGUUUCUCCCUCGCAUCUGGAAAGCAGGCCCGACGCGCGCCGGUCCCUGGGCCCAGGGGCCCCGAGGCAGCACCGUCUGGCAGGGCGCCGGAGCCCCAGUGCGUCCCCCUGCGCUCAGGCCACCUGCCCCGAGGUGCAGCGGUCCCUGCCUCCUGCGGCCUCCUCGACGCCGCAGGCCCGCAGCGUCCCCUCCCGGGGAGGGACCGGGGGCGGCAGAACAGUCCGAGCAGUGAGUCUGUGAACUUUUUGGGAACUGGAAGUGUUUAACUUGAACCCAGGAGCGUUUAAAGCUUUAUUUAUUUAUAGCUUCUUAUUAAAAAAAAAAAGUGUUGAGAAGAAAUCUUUUGGUUAUUCAUACAAAAAAAUGAGUUGAUGGAAAAGUCAGUCAUAAUCAUCUAAUUGUUUUUGUCUAGGUCAAGAACGAAUGUCAGCAGAUGAAAUAAACCUGAAAAGGA